AUGUUCCCAGCCAGACCUAAUCGAGACGAUAGGAAGUCGAAAACGAAACGUUCCCGCCCGUCAACCAAGGAUCCAGAGUCUUCGGCUCCACGUCGUUCCUCCAUGCCUGGUCUCGACUCCAGCACAGGGUCCGCCUCGUUCCUCGAAUCCAGGACCAGCCUACCCUAUCCUACUUUCUCCAAAGCACACAGCAAGGAAAAUGUGCGAAAAGGCGACCCUCCUACCCCGGACGCGACCGACUUGACCGAACACAAUGAGAAGACUACCCGCGAGGACCAUCACGCGCCGCCUAGCCCUCCGCUAACCGGCCUCGACCAGGAGUCGCGGAAGGGCAGUGUUGUCGACGAGGAUGGCGAGAAACCAAAGAAGAAAACAAAUAUCAAGAUUCGGGCGGAAAUAAAUAGGUCGUCCUCCAGUUUGCGAUCGAAACGAGAUGACAGCACCAAGUCCAAGACCAGCAAAACUUCACGAACCGAGACCCCUACAAGAUCCAAAAGCUCCAGGGAGAAGGAGGACAGGGAGCCUUCCCCCCGAUUGUCCAGCCACAAGUCCAAAUCCAAGUCCUCCGAGGACAGGCCGCUGCCUAAACGGUCCAGUCGCUCGACUAUGUCCGCUUCGCAGUCGAAUGUCACCAUUCGUGAAGAUGCAGGGUCGCCCAACGGUUCCGAUGCGACCUCCAUUGCGCCCAACCAGCAAUACUCGGUGCCACGAAAGCCAACAACGCCGCCAGCAAAGCCUCCCUCGCGAACCCAGAACCGAUCGGCCAUGUCCCACCGGCGCAUGCCUAGCGAUGAGUCCGUCGACUAUAUCAAACCAAGCCCAAACGCGUUCGGCGCACCGCCGCCUCCACCACCGCCGCCAGCAGUGCCUGCUACUGUCCCUCGAGUCGAUUACUUGCUGAAGAAUGGUGGGUUGGAACACAAAGUCUCCAGGGCUCUACUGGCUGGUCUGGGGCAGACCGAUCCCUUCGCCCCCGGACAACCACAGUCUCGCUCUAUUGCUGGCAAGAUCUUUGAUCCGUACAACCGCUUGCUUGACGAUUAUGGGAAGGUCAUGAGCAAGAAUGGGUCUCUCGCGGUAGCCACGGGGUAUCGUUCGGUCGCUCGGCGUUUGCUGGAUCGACUGGAGGCGGUUUUCGCGCGCGAUAUCUCAUCCGAGCCAUGCAGCUGUCAAAUCUGUGUGCGCUCGGAGCCGGACGACCGACCUGAUGGAGUGAGCUGGGGUGAGGUGUUGGAGUUGGUAUCUGGUCGCAGAGAACUUCCCAUGUGGCCACCUUUCACAAUGGCACCAAAUACUGUGGAUGCGUCGGGCGAUGAGCACGUGCCCAUGCAAAAACUUGACAUCGAUGUUCCGGAAGAGUAUCGUGAGCACUUCAUUCGGCAAUCUCGAAAGACAAAGGUCGCUGUGGACAAAUGGCUCUCAGAGCAAAACGAUUCAGGCACCAGUGCACCUAACGAGGUCGACGAUGAGACGUUGACCUUUGCCAUGCUCACGCAUCUCGAGUCGCACCAGCGAUCACUGUUCUGUUCGUUGCUCGGCCUCACCUCCUCCACUCCUGUCCCACGAUCCGGCGACGAAAAGCCCCGACCGAAACCUGCUGCGCUUGUCUCCUCCGCUUCUGCUAUUCAGCGUCUUUACCGACUCUCUACUCUCCCUCGCGACCCAGACACUGCUAUGUACAUGUUAAACAACCCCAGUCUUCACCACGUUCUCGCAACCCUCUCAGCAAUCAGUGACGACGAAUGGGAUAUCCUGAUCUCCGGACGCUUCGACGGCUUCCUUCGCAGCGGCGCAGAAGAUACCGGGACCUCUGGUAGGACGGGCAGUCGUUCCAACACGCCUAUAGGCAUAGGUAUCUCCCGAGGACCAACGCCCAACUACAUGGAUGGCAGUUUCCGACCGUCCAGCCAAGUCAAUGGUGGGCCAUCAUCACCAGCCUCAUUUGGAGCCCCGAUCGCGCUGGACGAGGAGACCGAAAUCGCCGCGCUAGCUGAAGUCGAACGCGACAUCUUCCUUGGAAUGGAAGCUCUCGAAGACGCAUUCGAAGCAUUACAUCUCAAAGCCGAAGUUGUACGUCGGGCGCUCCGCGAACGAGGCGCCGGCCUCGCAGUCGCAAAUCAAAGCCGGCGUGGCUCCUUUGUCGAAGCUCGAUUGGGAACACCCCAUCUAGGCGGAUGGGAGAGUGGCGAGGACGAUUUCCUUGAUGACGACCGUUCUCUUGCGCCAGACGACUCGGCGAGUAACAUUAGCUCGAACCGUCGUCGUCGGCCCAAGAGACGGACUGAGCGACGCACACCUGCGCCCGUGGAGGAAGAGGACGAGGAAGAUGAGCGAUCGCCUGUUCGUCGGGACUCUCGUGGUUCGCGACGAAGGUGA